AUUCUAACCGUAUUUGUUUGUCAACGUGGUACUGACAUUAGAAAUAUAUCAAAGUUACUUAUUUAAAAUAAUCGUACUUAACUUUUUAAUUUUUUUUAACUAAAUAUAAUUUUUGCACAAUGAAAUUUGUUGGUUUUUAAAGAAUUGUGUUACAUUUUUAAACAAAAAAACCCGUUAUUUAAAAAGAGGUUAAGAGAAAAAAGAGUUGAAAAUAUCAUGGUUAAUUUAUGCGCGUAUUUUAACAGUAAAUAAUGUAUUCAAUACGAUUUAAUGUUAUGAUGAUUAGAUGAAUAAUGUCUAAAUUUCGAUCAGUGCAGUGUAAUAAACAUCGUCAUUUGAUUUUUAUAACUUUAUUAAGGUCCGUAAUUCCUUAUGGAAGUUUUACAACCUAACCCUUAAAUUUAUAACGCGAAGUGAAUUUUUUUUUUUUUAUAUCGUAUUAAUUGUUUAUAUAUAAUAAUAGUUUUAUCGCACUUGUAAAAGAAUUAUCUAUUUAUUUUAAUUUUCGUUGACAUUAUUUUUGUUUUUAAAUUUAAAAAUAGAAAAUGAAAAAGAGAAUGCAAAAGGAACGUAAACUGGAAGAUGGUUCCGGUGAAAUUGUCGAACAUCAUGAACAUGGUGAUAUACGAGGGGAUGAAAGAAAUAUUGUUAUUUUAUUUUUUUUAUAUCUAUUACAAGGAAUACCACUUGGUUUAAGUGCUGCUAUUCCUAUGCUUUUACAAAAUAGAAAUGUUUCCUAUCGUCAACAGGCGGAAUUUAGUUUAGUGAAUUGGCCAUUUUCAUUGAAACUUUUGUGGGCACCGAUUGUAGAUUCUGUAUAUUUAACACAAUUUGGCCGCAGAAAAACAUGGCUCGUUCCAAUACAAUAUUUAAUGGGAUUAUUUAUGUUAUUCCUCUCUGGACAUGUUGAUAAAUGGAUGGGAACUGACGAUGAAAAUCUCAAUAUUGGAUUUCUUACGUGUAUAUUUUUUUCAUUAAAUGUUUUAGCGGCAACUCAAGAUAUUGUUGUCGAUGGAUGGGCCCUUACAAUGCUUAAACGAUGCAAUGUAGGAUACGCGUCGACUUGUAAUAGCGUUGGACAAACUGCAGGAUAUUUUCUCGGUUAUGUUAUUUUUAUGGCAUUGGAAUCAGCAACAUUUUGCAAUGAUUAUCUGAGAUCUGAACCUAUGAACGAAGGAAUUCUUACACUACCAGGAUUUUUAUAUUUUUGGGGAUGGGUAUUUAUUGUGACAACGACAUUUAUUGCCUUGUUGAAACACGAGAAUUCAAAUAAAGAAACUAAAGAUGUACAAGUAGACAUGGACGUGAAACAGGCGUACAAAUUACUUUGGACAAUUGUUAAAUUACCAAGCAUGAAGAACACGAUUUUAUUUCUCUUAACAGCAAAGAUUGGAUUCUCGGCUUGUGAUGCAGUGACGGGUUUAAAACUUGUUGAGGCUGGAAUUCCUAAAGAAAAAUUUGCUAUGAUUGUCGUACCAAUGAUACCAUUGCAAAUUAUUUUACCUGUAAUUAUAUCAAAAUAUACAGCAGGACCAAAACCCAUGAAUAUUUAUUCAAUGGCUAUACCAUACAGAUUAGCGUUUGGUUUAGUCGCUGGUACAUUAGUUUGGGUGACACCACAUCUUAUAGGAAAUGGAGAAGUGCCUGCUUAUUAUUUCAUUGGUUUAAUUAUGGUCUAUUUCUUGCAUCAGAUUUGCAUAAGUAGCAUGUUUGUUGCCUCCAUGGCUUUCUUUGCAAAAAUUAGUGAUCCAGCUGUCGGUGGAACAUAUAUGACAUUUUUAAAUACAAUAGCAAAUCUCGGUGGAAAUUGGCCAACAACAGCAGCGCUAUGGUUCGUCGAUGCUUUAACUUUCAGAAAAUGUAGCACUGAUCCUUCCAAUGAUUGCAGUACAAGCUCAGAAAAAGAGUUGUGUAUGAAAAACAAUGGAACAUGUACUAUAACGUUAGAUGGUUAUUAUAUAGAAAUAAUGUUGUGCUUCAUCAUAGGUUGUUUAUGGUUCAAAUGGGGUAGAAGGAAAAUUGAAUUUCUACAAUCGAGACCACUUUCAGUUUGGAAAGUUGUACAUAAAAAUAGAUAACAAUUCUUUUCUAGAUUCUCGAAAAAAAAUGUCUCCUAAUAUUGUUGUGAGAAGAUCUUAUAAUAUAUUUUACUUUGUAUUCAAUAUCAGUUAAAUCAAAGUAAUCUUGAGAAAGGAGAAGAAACGAAAAAAGAAAAUGUUUAUACAAAUAUUAAUUUCGAUCUGCUGCUUAAUAUCGUUACUCUGUAAUAUUUAUUCCGUGAAUUUUUCAAUUUAUUUAGUUACAAAAGAGGAGACAAUAAUUAACUCGUUCACAAUUUUCCCAAAAACGAGUUUUAUAGCACAAUUCUAGACAUAAGUAACAAAAAAAAAAAGGAUUUUUACUGCAUUUUUAUUUUUCUUUAUUAAAUCAAAUUGUGAAAGUAA